AUGGAGGCCGCGGCCAAGCGCUUUUUCUCAUCGCCAUAUUUCGCCGUCGUGGGCGCCAGUCAAGACAGAAGCAAGUUUGGUUACAAGAUUCUGGCAUGGUAUCACGUUCACUCGCUCCAUGUGACGCCCAUUAACCCUGGUCGACCGUCAAUAUCGCUUCCUUCCAGGACAUACGAGACGGUCCCGUCGAUUUCCGCACUACCUCACCCGGCUCAGACCGCAUUGUCCUUCCUCACGCCGCCUGCAAUCACCAGGAAAUUGUUGCAGGAAGCCAAGUCCGCCGGCGUCAAGGCUGUUUGGUUGCAGCCUGGUAGCUUUGAAGACCAGGACCUCGAGUUCGCCAAGAAGAACUUCGAGUCGGCCGUCGGGGGAUUCGAAAAUGGCACCGUGGGAGGAGAGGGGUGGUGCGUACUGGUUGACGGCGAGAAUGCCUUGCGCAAAGCCGGCAAGGAAAUUGUCAGGCAGAAGUUGUAA